AUGGAAAAUCAUAAAAAUGUCACAGAGUUUGUUUUUGUGGGACUUUGGGAAAACAGGCGAAUAGAGCUGCUGUUCUUCCUCUUGUUCCUGCUUUGUUACCUGGCAGUUUUAGUGGGGAAUGCCAUCAUUCUAAUCACGAUCACCUGCAGUCACCUAAUGGAACAGCCGAUGUAUUACUUUCUGUGCCACCUUUCCCUCAUGGACCUCUGCUACACCUCAACCGUGGUUCCCAGGCUCAUCAGAGACUUGGUUGCAGUUAGAAAAAACAUUUCCUAUAAUCAAUGCAUGACCCAGCUCUUCACUGCCCACUUGCUGUCAGGUGUGGAAAUCUUCAUUCUGGUGUCCAUGGCUUUGGACCGUUACAUUGCCAUUGUGAAGCCCCUGCAUUACAUGGUCAUCAUGAGCCGAAAGAGGUGCGACAUGCUGAUUGCCACGGCCUGGGGGGUAGGGUUCUGGCACUCUAUUGCUUUGCUGCUCAUGGUGCUCAGUCUGCCUUUCUGUGGUCCCAACCGCGUAGAUCACUACCUGUGCGAUGUCAAGCCUCUUCUGAAACUGGUCUGCAAAGAUAUUCGUGUUGUUAGCAUCUUAGUGAUCGCCAAUUCUGGAAUGGUGGUAGUUGCCAUCUUUCUUGUGCUUGUCGUUUCUUACAUACUAAUUUUGUAUAAUCUCAGGUCAAGAUCAUCUGCCGGGCGUCGCAAAGCUCUCUCGACCUGUAGCUCUCACAUAAUGGUAGUAGUUUCAUUUUUCGUGCCCUGUAUUUAUACCUAUGUAUUACCCGUAGGAAGUGAUAACAAUGAUAAGGAAAUCUCUGUGCUUUACACUGUGAUCGCCCCCAUGCUAAAUCCCCUCAUUUACACUCUGAGAAACGCUGAGAUGAAAAGCGCAAUGCAGAAGGUGUGGUCUCGAAUGACACAGUCAGAAUUAUAG